UGCUGUUUGGAUGACUUAUAUCGUGAAAGUCAGACGUAUGUGAACUAUAGAGACUCGUGAAUCGCGUCGAUCAGUUCAUCAAUAGUUUUUCUCAUGUAAUAAUAAUUAUGGGAGACGUUUGAAUUUGCAAAAGCCCGCUUGUUUGUUUGGCCGAUUUCAUGGAUCCGGGUGUACGUUCAGAUAAAGCUGAGCCACAGGGCACGUCGCGUGCUGCCGCGCCGCACGUGCGGCUAAGGGAGCCCUGGUCGGCCGGUCACGUGACGCCUCGUCACUACUCCCGAGCUUUAGGAACUAACGCCCUCUGCCUGCAGGCCCCUGCAGAGAGAGCGGCGCAUCUGGAGGAGAGCAGGCCGGCUGGGGAGGUGGAGGACGGGGAGAGAAGAGGAAGGAGGCUCCGGGAGCAAGCGAGACGAAAAGGGUCAGGCCUGGGACUUGGGAAAAUCGGGAGAGUGAAGAGAAGAGGGGUCAUUUCUUUUAUUUGUGUUCCUUUGAGUUCACCGUCCCCUCACCCGCCGACGUCACCCGUACGCCCAUACAAUGCCAUCCAACCCUUUCACCAACGCCAGCGCCGCUGCGUUCAAAGCCCCCGACUUCACAGACUCACCUGCAGCAGACAGAACGGGUGAGAGCACAAUAAGGGACAUGGACCCGAUGACAGAGGAGAAGUCCGCUAAAAGCAGUGCCUCUUGUAAAGCUGUCAAGCCCGGACGAAAGCGCAAGCAGUUUGCAGGCGAGAGCUGCGACUCCGUGGGCGUGAGCAGCAGCCGCGCCGGGGCGGGCCGGCCGCCCGCGGCACCGGUCCACAACGGGGAUGUGGGCGUGCACCGAGACAGGAAGUCCGACGCCUGCUUCCCCAAACAGGAGGAGAGGGAAGCAGAGAACGGGAUCCCCAGAGACGCCUCCUCCUGCCGAGCGGAGGGCGGCCCGCGGGGUCAGAGCCGGAGCCCUUCUCGGGAGAGCAGAUUCCCGGCCGGCCGCGAGGAGCGGGAGUGCGCGGGCAAAGACGAGGACGACAGCCUGACGACGCCGCGCAAGAAACGAGGGAGGCGGAAACUGGAGCGCCCAACGAAGUAUGUCGAGCACAAGGAGGAGGACGGGGGCGAUGCAGUCAAGACCGAGGGAGGUCGAGGCAGGCUGCGAGGGGGCGUUGGUUGGGAGAUCAGCCUUCGUCAGAGGCCCAUGCCCAGAAUAACCUUCCAGGCUGGGGACCCUUAUUACAUUAGCAAGCGGAUGAGGGAGGAGUGGAUGGCCAAGUGGAAGCUUGAGGCAGAGAAAAAGGCCAUACUCAUUGCAACGAUGGACGCCAUGAAUGAUCACCACGAGGAGAACGACACAGAGACCCAGGGGGAGGAGGUCUUAAUAAUCAAGCACCUGCAGCCUUCAAAGCAGCAGCAGCAGCAACAGCCCCAGCCUCAGUCGCACACCCAGUCCCACCCUCAGUACCCACAGCAAUCACAACCGUUGCUGCAGCAACAGCAGCAACUACAGCAGCAGCAGCAGCAGCAGCAGCAGCAGCAGCAGCAGCAGCAGCAGCAGCAGCAGCCCACUGACCCAGCGUCCCCCACUGUGGCCACGACCCCCGAGCCUGUCGCCAUCGGAGGUGGAGAGAAGACGUCACCCAAGUCUGCAGACACUGAGCCAGAGUAUGAGGACGGCCGUGGUUUUGGCAUCGGCGAGCUGGUUUGGGGGAAGCUGCGAGGGUUCUCCUGGUGGCCAGGCCGCAUCGUAUCCUGGUGGAUGACGGGACGGAGCAGAGCCGCCGAGGGAACCAGAUGGGUCAUGUGGUUUGGAGACGGAAAAUUCUCAGUGGUCUGUGUAGAGAAACUGUUGCCUUUAAGUUCCUUCAGUAAUGCCUUUCACCAACCAACUUACAACAAGCAACCAAUGUACAAGAAAGCCAUCUACGAGGUGCUACAGGUGGCUAGCAGCCGGGCAGGCAAAGUCUUCAUAGCCUGCCCUGACAGCGAUGAAACAGAAACCUCCAAAUCCGUCGACAUGCUCAACAAACAGAUGAUCGAAUGGGCUAUGACGGGAUUUCAACCCACUGGGCCCAAGGGCUUAGAGCCCCCAGAGGAGGAGCGCAACCCAUACAAGGAGGUUUACCCUGAGAUGUGGGUGGAGCCGGAAGCUGCAGCCUACACGCCUCCUCCAGCCAAAAAGCCUCGCAAAAGCACAGUAGAGAAACCCAAGGUCAAGGACAUCGUAGAUGAGAGGACGCGAGAGCGGCUCGUUUAUGAAGUGAGGCAAAAGACCCGCAGCAUAGAAGACAUCUGUAUCUCCUGUGGAAGCUUAAAUGUCAGCCUGGAGCACCCGCUGUUUGCCGGAGGAAUGUGCCAGAGCUGUAAGAACUGCUUCCUAGAGUGUGCGUAUCAGUACGACGACGAUGGCUAUCAGUCGUACUGCACUAUCUGCUGCGGCGGCCGGGAGGUGCUCAUGUGCGGCAACAACAACUGCUGCCGGUGUUUCUGUGUGGAGUGUGUGGACCUGCUGGUGGGUCAGGGGGCGGCCCACGCCGCCAUCAAAGAGGACCCGUGGAACUGCUACAUGUGCGGCCAGAAGGGGGCGUUCGGCCUGUUGGAGCGGCGCGCGGACUGGCCCACGCGCCUCCAGCGCUUCUUCGCAAACAAUCACGACCAAAACUUUGAUCCUCCGAAGCUUUACCCCCCUGUUAUGGCUGAGAAACGGAAACCCAUUCGUGUCCUGUCGCUGUUUGACGGCAUCGCGACAGGGCUGCUGGUGCUGAAAGAACUGGGCAUCCUGGUGGAUCGCUACGUGGCAUCCGAAGUGUGCGAGGACUCCAUCACGGUGGGCAUCGUCCGGCAUCACGGUCGCAUCAUGUACGUCGGCGACGUGAGGAACGUCACGCGCAAGCAUAUACAGGACUGGGGCCCGUUUGACCUGGUUAUUGGUGGCAGCCCAUGCAAUGACCUGUCAAUAGUCAACCCUGCUAGAAAAGGUCUCUUUGAGGGCACCGGUCGCCUGUUCUUCGAGUUCUACCGGCUGCUCCACGAGGCCCGGCCCAAGCAGGGCGACGACCGGCCCUUCUUCUGGCUCUUCGAGAACGUGGUCGCCAUGGGCGUGAGCGACAAGAGGGACAUAUCGCGCUUCUUAGAGUGCAACCCAGUGAUGAUCGACGCCAAGGAAGUGUCCGCUGCCCACCGCGCCCGCUACUUCUGGGGGAAUCUCCCCGGGAUGAACAGGCCUUUGAGUGCCCUGUACACCGACAGGCUGGACCUCCAGGACUGUUUAGAGCAUGGCAGGACGGCUAAGUUUGACAAGGUGAGGACCAUCACCACCAGGUCCAACUCCAUCAAGCAGGGCAAGGACCAGCACUUCCCCGUCUACAUGAAUGAGAAGGAGGACAUACUCUGGUGCACUGAAAUGGAGAGGGUCUUCGGCUUCCCGGUCCACUACACGGACGUGUCUAACAUGAGCCGGCUGGCGAGGCAGCGGCUGCUGGGCAGGUCAUGGAGCGUCCCGGUGAUCCGCCACCUGUUCUCACCACUCAAAGAUUACUUUGCCUGCAUCUGAGCAGCGAGACCGUAAGACCAGAACCAUUUUAGGAACUGCAGCUGUAUGUUGUGACUAGAAAUUAGAGCCUUGAUCCUUGAAUUAUACUCCUGUAUAAUUUGCAAUCGAGACAUCGACGUACAUUUCACAUUAUUUCUUGUAUUUUCGACUGUAAUUCUAUUUAAUUUUGAUAUGUCAUUUUAACUUUUAUCAGUGUUAUCGGGUUUUGUUAAUUUUUACGUGCAAGCUAUACUUGAGACUAUGCUUUCUUCUCAAGACACUGAGACGGAAUCGUGCCGAACGUGUGCUUUUAGAAGUUGGGAGUCAUCGGAGCGAAGGAGAGGGGUUUUGAGAUAUGUGAAAUAUUUCUGCUGUGUGAGCGUACUGUACGUCGUGCUGCCAGACUUCGACCCGCAGGGCAGCCAAUGCUUCCAGCUACUGAGCCUCACAGAGAUGCGAAGAGGAAGGUGAUUUUAUUGUUGUAGUUUUUUUUUUCAGUGUCAGGAGAGCUGCGUCUCUCAGAAUCCAAAACACCAGAUCACAUAUACCUCUUUGUUUACAGUUUCUAUACACAACUGAAGGUAAUAACGGUACUACUGUAAAAUGGUUACAAUACCAUGGUGCUCAAAGAUGAUGAGAAACAUCAUAGCCCAUGUGGCACAACUACCUAAGACAAUACAGAGCUCUUUAACCUGUUGCUGGAGAGAACAUGCUUGACCUUUUUACACUUAAUGAAAAAACAAAUCUGUCUCGUGCCGUUCGCUCCAAAGGAAACGUUUGAGCGACCGUGAUCUUCUUGACGGCAUUUUACAGCUUUUAUACAGUUUCUACUGGUGCUUCUUUGAUCUCUCAGCCUUGCUACACUCGGGCUCUCGCGCCUGGAUCUGCACAAACAGAAAGUGAAGCUAAGCCACAUGGGAAAUGAUGUUUUCUGUCAUUCAAGUAAAAAAAAAAAAAAACCUUAAGAGCAAAGUCUGUGGUGAGCUACUUUUUUCUAGUUUCACCCCGGCUGACGACGUUACUGUACAACUGUUAGUAAAGCGAGGCGGUUGGGGGGGGGGUUCGACCGGCGCCGGCUCGCUCUCCUCCGCACCUUCCGCCUCGCUCGGCUAAAAACCUGUCAGGUGCAAAAUCCUCAACAACAUGGUGCGGCUUCACAAAGUUCUUCUACCUUUUUAUAGCAAUUUUGUGCUGUUUUAUCAACAUUAUAAAGCACUUUUCUAUGUAUACUUUCUCUUUUUCUUGAUAUUUUUUUAAAAGUAUAGGUUCUUGUGAAUUGUUUUUGGGCUUUGUUUUAUGGUGUGAACUGAUCUACCCUCGUGUAAUACUUUUCAUAUACAGUAGGGCUGUGCCAAUAGAAGUGAAAGGACGGCUUUUGAUAUGUGAAACCCAGUGUUUUUUGACUCGGUGUGCAGUAGGUGGGUCCACAGUUGUCGCCACACACACUCGUUUCCUUUCCUGCAUCGUCUGUAUCGUUCUGUUGUAAAGCAGUGAUACAGCCUGUUGUGACCCAUAGUCAGAGAAUGUCUCUUUCUUUUAAGACUGUAAAAUGUAAGACGUGGCGAAGGAGCCACGUCAUGUGCUUUGUACCAUAUUAUGUCCCCUGUGAAGGACAGUAAGGCGUCAGCCCUUGAUAAGUCAUAAAUAGUGGUCAUGUUGACAAAUUUAAAUGCUGAUCCAAAUUUGGAUUAUAUCCACAAACUAAAUUCUCUUGAUUGUAACCUCUAAGCUGAAUAUGGAGGACUUAGGCUGCAGUUUGUCAAAACGAAAAACUGACACAGUGUUGGACGAAGAUGUCAGCACUUAAAGACUAAAGAAAAACAGAUGCUAUCGCUUAUCUAUAUCAUAUUUAAGAGUCAACAUUUGAAAUUUAAUUUCUUAAUGUUGUUAAUUUCUGAAGUGACCUUAUUGCCGUCUUCGUGUCCACGCACACUGGGCUCAGUCCUGGUCCUGUGCUUCAUGAUGUUUUAACCCUCCUACAGCCUAACACCCCCUCAUGUUUUGUACAUGUUGUACAUAGUUUUCCAGGUGCUGUUUUUAUCUUUUUUUUUGUUUGUUUCAUUUGGGUUUGUUUACGUAUAAGAUGUACAAAUAUAAUUCUUCGCUAAUAUAUAUCAUAAAAUUAGAAAGCAAAAUGGUAGGUUAAAAAUAAAAAUCAAGUGACAAAUUUGAUUCAAAACUCGCUUUAAGCCUAAACUAGUACAGAGACUCCACGUUGACGCAUUUUUUUUUUACCCAUUUGUUUGUGUCAAGUGAAUCCAGAUUUCUUGUGAUGUGAGCUUGACAGAGGCCUGCAACAGAUGAACAGUCUCCACUUCCCUGCACAGCCCUACGUGGUGGUGUUUUUAGCUUCAGUUUCCUUUGUAAGAAUCUGAAAAAAAAGGAUUGAAGGUGUUUCAUAUGGUGCUAAACAUUUUAUCUAACCACGAAAAAUAUAUUUGAUCGGAGGAGAAAUAAACAUAGACAAUAACUGUUUUUAAGUUCCUUAUAGUAAUGGAAAAUAAUUAUUAUUUCAUUUAUAUAAAUAUGUUAACAAAGGCAUUCUAACUUUGUACUUGAAAAAAUAAGGAUUACAAUUAAUGAAAGGUUUCCUAUAUUGUUUUAGACUAGAGAUUGCUGUAGUUGGUGCUUAUCUGUGGGAAAAUCGUGUGAGAAAAAAAUAGUAAUAACUUACUGUAGCAUAAUGUAUGCUUAUACACAUCGCUUCUUAAUCCUACAUUCCAAGGCAUAAUAUUCUCCAUGUGUGUUUUCAGAUGGUUGUUUUGAAUUGAUGCUUAUUUGUUCGUUUGUUUGUUUAUCAGAAACAACAUUUUUAUGGGUUUAGGUCACUUUUACUUCUGCGUUUGCUGAUACUCUCGACACUCUGUGAGAUUUUCUUUUUUGUCAUAACUGUUUUAUG